CCGAUUACAAUCAAGCGAUUUUUGCUUCGAUUUUACAGUCAUUUUGAUCAAUGACUAAAUAAUGUUAAAGAAUUAACUUCUAAAAUUUUAUUUAGACUAGUUCGCAGAAAAGAGCUAAUUAUAAACGUCUCUUCACUAGGCAUAGACAAAAUCUAUCAUAGUUUUGAGCUCUCCUGAAAAAUCGCAGAAAGCGCACUAAAAAUCGCAAUUGUCUCUAGCCUCAUGAAAUAACCUUUUCCUUAUCUUAUCUUAUCUUAUCCUUAGACAACCUGCAAAGAGGUUCUAGGAUGACGCCAAAAUUAAACUUUAUUUAUUUCUCUAGUCAAAAAAGAAAAAAAAGAAAAGAAAAAAAGAAAAUGAACAAUCGCAGAUUGAUUUUUCUAGUACCGUUUCCCGUUGAGCGUUCCUGGUUUCAUAUCAAUUUGCUAAAUAAUUUAACUAUGAUUUUAAUAUGAAAACAUUUGAUGGGUUUUUAAGCCGACUAUCAAGUUGGGAAAGUUGUAACAGAGCUGUAUCAAUACUACCAUCUAAGGGACUGUUUUCAAAACAAGACAAAAUUUGAUAAGCAAAAKCCAAAAGGAUGGUUGCAAAAAAGCUGUCUGGGAUGACAGAGAAUAUAGAGCAGAAUAAUAAUCAACAGAAAGCGAGGUGGGUAUAAAUUUCUCGAUAAGAUAUUAUUAAACCAAUUUUAUUUCGAUAAUUUAAUCUGCUAUGCACACUGGAUAACAGAGCGUUAUUUCGGAGUUUAUGUAUCGCGUUGCCUAGGAAAUCAUGAAGAUCAAGGAAGGAACGGUGUGUGUUCAUGUACGUGUGACAGUCACAAGGAAGGUGUGUCGUGUGAAGUAGAACUGGAGAAAAAGAGCCAAUCAGAGUUCACAGGGAAUGUGUUAAUCAUUGUAUGAGCUUGUUACUUUCACGUGUGAUGUUGUAACGUUGUUAAAGGUGAUUUGUAUCAUGGCUUCAUAAAAUCCAACUACCAGAAUGCUUUGUCCAUUUUCUUUUUGAUAUAAUUGGUCCCAAUCUCCAAAGGGAUUUUCAUUCUUUUAAAAAAUCUGAAUCGUCACAAAGAAAAUACGAAAAGCUUUCUGAACUCAUCCUGCCAUGCAUGUGUAUUUUUAGAUGAAUCUGCAAUCAAGGGGUUGGCGCAUGAUGUAAUAGCAGUGGUGUUAACUAUUUUGAUAUUUGCCGUUGUCAUCAUGGUGGGUUUGUUCUCUUUUCUUCCCUCUUUGGGCGCUCCACCUCUACCAUCCUUCCAAAAACCUACUAAGGGUUUUGAUCCAAGAGGCACAUUUCUGAGCAAUAGAAUACACACACUUUACCUUAUUGACAAAUACAUCAAUUCAGGUCUGUUGAUAGAGCAAGGUUCCAAUGUUCGCAGAAGUGUCUCUGUCCGCAAACGCAGAUCAAACAAUGAAAAUAGUGAAUGUCAAGAGACUUUUCGUGGUCGCAUUGUCUUUACAUCUACGAAAUCAAGCAAUCUGAUGACCACUGAAAAUCUGAAAUCUUUGUGUCAUCUUGAGAAAAAGAUAAUGAAGUCUGCCCCUCCGAGUUAUGAUAAUUUCUAUUUUGGGGGUUCCCCGAGCUCCUGUCAAAGUCACUCCUUAGGCGUUAUUGUUACACAAUUUUCAAACAAAACGAAAUGUGAAAGCAUCGACGACAAUGAUGUGAGAAAAGCAAUGGAUAUCUUUGAGAUGUGCUCAGCGUUCUAUAACAAAGGAACACUAAACAAAAGCUGUGAUUGCAAAAACUUGAAAAGAAAUGGUGUAUCGGAUAAUUGUCCUACAGUUCCUUGCGUCUGCAGUUGGAAGAAGAUCGUUUACAACACAAUGAUGUACUUCACCGAUAGCGAGUUUCUUAAAACACCCGACCAGAAAAAGUUAACAUAUGCAGCGGUAGUGACACCGACAAAAUAUAACGCAUUUGAACUUUAUAAAUACAUCUAUGACAAUCACUUGAAGAGCGUAUUUCCGGAGUUCAAUGGAGUAAAAGUGGUAGGCUUUCACUUUGCAAAUUUCAGGUUUGAUCUUUUUAAUGCCGUUGUGCUGCAGGAAGUCAAAUACCCCAUCUCUGCCAUGAUUCUAGUAGCAAUAUGCAUGUGGUUAUUCAUGGAGUCUCUUAUCUUGUCGCUGUGUGCAGUCUUAACUAUCGGCUUUGCUUUUGUGCUGUCGUACUUUUUUUACAUCUUGGUUUAUGGCUUUGCGUUCUUCCCGUUUUUCAACUUAUUGACAGUGAUUUUCAUAGUAGGCAUUGGUGCAGAUGAUGCAUUUGUAUACUACGACAUCUUUAGGAAAACAAAAAGUGACAAUCCAAAAGAUAACUUGUUGACUUUGACAGUGAAGUCUUUAAAGCAUGCAGCUAUUUCAAUGUUUGUUACUAGCUUUACAACAUCUGCAGCGUUCUUUGCCAACAUGUCAUCCCAUAUAACGGCUAUCAAGACCUUUGGCAUCUUUGCUGGAAUCUCCAUUUUGACUACUUUCCUGCUAAUGAUCACGUGGUUUCCUAUCAAUGUAAUGCUGCAUGAGCGAUGGAUUCAAAGGCAAAAUCUAAAAAAGAGCUUCAGCGAAGAAAGGCUAUUUGAGGAUUCUCCCAAAAUCAAGGAAACCCAUUAUUGCGAACCGGAAACAGGAGAACAAGAAAGCCCAAAGCAAAGUCUUUGUUGCAUGAUUUUCCGAGCAAUGGACUUUCCAUGUCGUUUGGUUCCUAUGAGCAAAACACUUUUUUCAAAGCUAAGUGAGAAUUUCUUUGAAUCAUGGCUGCCAAGUAUGAUUUUUAAGAAGAAAUUGUAUUUAUUAUGGAUCAUUUUCUUUGCCGGAUUGACAGGUGGAUUUUCAUAUUUAAGUCUUGUCUCACCAGGGCUUCAUCUCCCUAAAAUUACAGAUUUUCAAAUGUUUUCCUCAAGUAGCACAAUUGAGCAAUAUAACCUUCAUAUAAAACAACACUUUCGCUAUGCCAACGACGUUAGUGUUAAUCCAAAGAUGGAGAUAGAGUUGAUUUGGGGGGUAAAACCUGUUGACAAUGGCAACUAUCUAGACCCUGACGAUAAAGGAACCUUGGACUACGAUCAUUCAUUCAACCCGAAAUUUACAUCAGAUUCUCAAAUAUGGCUUUCUUCGUUCUGUAAGAGUUUGAGGAAACAAGUAUUCUAUAGUGGCAGGAGUGGAUCUCUUUGUAGUUUUGAAACGAUUCGCAACAGGUGCUCGCAAUCAAGGAAACCACUUUGCUGCAAAAAUGCCACGUUUCCCUUCCCUAAAGACAUCAUUGAGAAUUGUAUGACCGAGUUAGGACUACCGCGCCAUGAUAUAUAUCACCCAAGAGGAAAUAACAAUACUAAGAUGAUGAGAAUAUCAUUUAGCUCAAACGUUCACUGGAGUAAAGACUACAACGAAAUGGACACAUUCUGGAAACAGAUUUUCCACUGGUCAAACGAACAAUUUUCCCAAGCACCACCUGAGUUCAAAAAUGGUUGGAUUGCCUGCGAAAGAUUGCAUCUUAUGUAUAGCAUCCAAGAAUGUCUUUUAAAAGAUACAGUUACGUCAAUGAUGAUUGCAAUAGGCAUGGCAUUUGUUGUGAUGCUGCUGACCACCUUGAAUGUUCUAAUCAGUAUCUAUGCCAUAGUUACAAUCAUUGGCAUCAUCGCCACGACAGUUGGAAGUCUUGUUUUGCUGGGUUGGGAAUUGGUUGUACUAGAGUCAAUAGUAUUAUCAGUGGCAGUUGGUCUUUCCAUUGACUUCACUAUGCAUUAUGGUGUCGCUUAUCGAUUAUCACCAAACAGAGAGGACAGGAAAGACAGAGUUCGGUACUCCUUCAUGCACGUUGGCCCUGCUGUUUUUAUGGCUACAUUCACGACAUUCAUUACAGGGCUCGUGAUGAUGCCUGCUGAUGUUUUAGUGUACAUCCAACUUGGUCAGUUUAUCAUGAUCGUGAUGUUCUUCAGCUGGUUGUUUUCAAACUUUGCUUUCAUGUCGUUGAACGCUUUCAUUGGUCCAACGGGGAACUUUGCACAGCUCAACGUCAUUGAGUUUUGUGAACGCAAGAAGGAAUUGCAAAUCAUUCCCGAUGAGAAGAAGCCAAAAGAGAAGUCUAAACCAGUUGAUACUGCCAAAACAUCAUUGCUUCCUAAAACCCAUGGAAUAGAAAACAAGAGCUAUACGGACUAGUUAGUGUUGUUUUGCGAUCACUUUUGCACUGUAUGCAUGCAGGCUGAACUUAGAUAAAACUUUCAAACUGAUUUUCGUAUAGAUCUCAUGUAUUUAAUUACAAGGGUUUUUGCCGAAUGAAAUAAUUAAUAUCAUACAUGGUUUGGAGGCUAAGGCAGUGUAAAAGAGAUCGCCAAAAAGCCUUAUUAGUUUGAAUUUUUGCACAUGCAACAAUGACGUAGACAUUGUUAAAGGUGGACGUGUAUCCGAGAACAAUUGCGAUAGUUUCUUUUGUUUUCCAAAAGAUCUCUGGUGGAAAGAUGGUUGCUGAUUGGCUCAAAAUUAUCAAAGAUACGAAAUUUCGUAUGUAAGGAAGUCGCGCAAAGUCUCUUGGAUGCACUUUGGCCUUGUUCAUAUUUAUUUUUUAUCAUAAUUACAGCCUUUUGCAAAAAUUAUGAGAAUUGUCGAAAUA